AAACAUUCGAUAAAUCGAUAGCAGCGUAUAUUGGCAAAUACAUAUUGAAUAAUUACUUUCUGUGAUGUUGCGGCGAAGGUCGUGAACUUUCACCUUACAGUAGCUAAAAUAUCAGUAAGUUUUUGCUCCAUAUAGGAACGGUGUAGAUGUUGUUUACAAAAUGGGAAACAAAUGGUGCUGACGUGUUUAUCCGGUCUGUGACAAUAUGCAGUGCGUGUGCACACUGUUGUUUAUGUUACAUUAAUGUAAAUUGUUGGUAGUCAAGGACAGGCACUAACAUAAGAGUUAAACGGCAUUGUUUUGGAAAAAGUACGAUGGACAGUAAACGGGGGUAAAUUUUGAGAAUAGCAUGGGCCGUAACAUUGUACUCCCUUCGAAUCUUUAAACAAUAAUAGAAGUGAGAGACAUCAGGUAUCGAUCACCGACAGUGACGGAUUCCAGUCAGUUGAAAGUAGCUACCAUUAUGAUCAGAAUACUGCCCACUGUCAGCACUCACGAGGCAAAUAAGGACCUGAAAUGAAAAUACUGGAAAUUAUGAAAGUUGCAAAAUGCUGAUCAACCAACUACCUACAGAAGCAAAUUUCUUCUCUGCAGCUGUCUUCUCCUUCCCAAAAUCACUGUGAUUCUACGUUGUUGUCUGAAGAAAUGCUGUAUCAGUCACAUGGAUCAACCAUUGAAAGUAGAAAUGAAUGCAGUGCAUACUGCACAUGAUAAAGUCCGUUCCUUGUGCCUUUCAGUUGAAUUAUGUGUAGUUUGUGGAGACAGGGCAUCAGGUCGGCAUUAUGGAGCAAUAAGCUGUGAAGGAUGUAAAGGGUUUUUCAAACGUUCGAUACGCAAACAGUUAGGUUAUCAGUGUCGAGGAAACAAGAAUUGUGAAGUUACCAAACAUCACAGGAAUAGGUGUCAGUAUUGCCGUCUUCAGAAGUGCCUUACAAUGGGAAUGAGAAGUGAUUCCGUCCAGCACGAGCGGAAACCAAUUUCCGAGAAACGGGAUUACUCUGUCACAGGUGUUAGUUCGCCCUUUCCCCAGAAUCCUUUAAACAAGAUAUACAUUAGGAAAGAUUUGAAUUUGGAUUCUUCUGGUCUACCUUCCAACUUCUCAAUUUCGGAUUUAGGACAGAUAAACUCAAAUUUUGGAAAAUCUGCAGUGGACUGCAGACAGUUGUCUCCAAGCCAAGGGAGUGCAGAUGAAGAAGGUUCAGUGGACAGCUUUUUAGGGAAUGGAGAUUUGAAUGAUUCAUUAAGUGCUGCACGAGACAAAACUAUUAUCUCACAUGCACUGGAUACAGCUGCAAAGAAUUUAAAUGAAAGUGACUCAUUUGCAUUGGCAGACUAUGGUGAUGAAAGUGUUUUCGAGCUGGAAGGCCUACUAGUUCAAGAUCACCACAUUUCUUUUAACUUGCAGACACCAAGUCCAAUGCCAGCCUACCUAAAUGUGCACUAUAUUUGUGAAAGUGCUUCUAGACUACUGUUCCUGUCUGUUCAUUGGGCUCGUAGCUUACCAGCAUUCCAACUGUUGAGUUCAGAUACACAUGUUGCUUUACUACGUGCAUGUUGGGCUGAGCUUUUUACUCUUGGACUUGCUCAGUGCUCUGAGGUGCUCUCACUUUCUUCCAUCCUUUCAUCAAUUAUUGGUCAUCUUCAAACUUCUGUAACACAAGAAAGCAUAUCUGCACGACAUGUGAAACAAGUGACGGAUCACAUAUGUAAGUUGCAGGAAUACGUGAAUUCUAUGAAUAGGCUCCAGAUUGAUGAGCAUGAAUAUGCUUACUUGAAAGCGAUUACACUUUUCAGUGCUGAUCAGCCUGGUCUUCACACUCGACGUCAGGUAGAAAAAUUUCAAGAAAAAGCUUUUAGAGAACUCCGUACAUAUGUAACACAAACAUUUCCAGAAGAUAGUGAUAGGUUCCCGCGGUUAUUACUCAGACUACCGCCUCUUCGAGCUCUACAGCCUAAAGUUGUGGAAGAACUAUUUUUCGCUGGUUUAAUAGGUAGUGUUCAAAUUGAUAGUGUGAUACCAUACAUAUUAAGAAUGGAUGGUGGUGACUGCAAUGACCAAAUCGUUUCAGGAAAUGAUAUGAAUGUUGGUGAAUUUGGAAGAAGGCUGUUCAAAGUGGAAGAUAGUGAAGAAGAGUUAUCAUAAUGUAUUUUCAUAUGAAAAUUCUAAUAAGCAGGAAAUGAUUACACUAUUUUUUGCAAAUUUUGUACAUUUCUGUAGCUUUACAGAAAAUAUUUUAUUAAAAAUGCUUGUGAGGGGAGAAAGAUUGUCCUCGUAUUUCAUGUAUUACAUGCAGUUGUAAGAUACUUAACCUGUUAAUGAACUAGCUGCAGUUUUAAACUGUGUUUAUAGCCCCUUAAUUGUUGCAAUGUUAUUUUGUUAAUUUGUUAAAGUUCAUUAUUUUAUCACUAUGACGUUCUGUGUGUGUUCCGUGCUUUUAAGUAAUUUCUGUGAUAUAUAAUUUCAGAAACUUGUUUAAUAGUUAUUGUUAUGAUCUUGCCUAAUUUAUUUUUUACUUAUUUUAUGUGAAAAUGUUUUUAUAAAGAGAGACGGAGAGAAAAGAAGUUUUCAACUUAUAUAUUACACAGAGUCAUGCAGGGAUUAAAAAAAAACAUAUGAAAUAUUAAAAAUAUUGUAUCUAGUAGUUUGCCAUCUUUCAGUAAUAAAGUUGUAAAAUGGUAACAAGGAAUUGUUACAUCCUAAAUAGGUAGAGUAAUUGAUUAAAAGUUGGAUCUGCUCCUGCAUUAGGAGAACAUCAUCGUCUCUUAUUACAGCAGCAGUAUGUUUAAUAUAAAAAAUGGGUAGGAAGGAUGGACAGGGAUUGCCAAGGAAUGGAGAAACGUUGAGAUUUUUGUUGAAUAUGUAGGUAAGGUGAGACAAGGAAAGCAGUUUUGUUAUAAAUUGAACCCUGCUCAUUGCUAGGGUUGUUUGCAUAGAGAUGGCCAUGGUGCCUAGUACAAUUACAACCAGGCUAUUGAGCACAACCAAUUGUUCCUAUGAACUAAACUCGUUGAUUAAAUUUUUUGCAGCCAUUAAUCAGUACUUUGCCUUUCAAUGAAAUUAAUGCAGAAAAAUCAUCCAAUAAUGUGAGUAGUCAAAUUUCUUGAGAUACUAACUCCUUUACAUAGGAAGUUUCAAGCCACGUCAUUUGGUUUCACAAAACUAUACCCUUUACAUCAAUGCAGAUAGGGACGUGGGGUGUAUUUUUACUUACACAUAGAAAUACAAAGUUUUUAUUUUCAAAACAGACAUCUGAUUUAUGGGAGUAUGUCUGUUAAGAGCAUGCACAUAGUUACAUUUAGUAUCACAGUCUUCAUUUAAUUUUCACAAAUGAUCAAUGUGCCCUCCUCUGUACAAAAAACAAAUAUCCAAACUAUAUUCAAGUUAAAGUAAGUUAAAAUUCAUCCCAGUUUCUAUCUACAUUAGUGGAAAAGAUGUAGUCUUGUGAAAUCAGAUGAAUGUGUUUUAAAGAACCUAUAUUCAGAUGCAACUUGUUUCUCAGUUUGAGCUUUCUGUGACCAUGGAGUUGCCAACUAUUACUAGUGCAGUUACUACUCUUGUGUCCCUACCUUUUAAAUGUGGGUGCACCAACUAAUCCAUAAUGUGCCCUUAUGCUGAAAAAUACAAAACCCAAUGGCUAGUCAUAAGUAUAAUGAUCAUAUCCUAUGGCCUUUUCUCACCUUAUACUGGAAGAUGGCUUAUUACUCAUCUCUGUUUCAGUGUUUUGAUUUCUUUAUACUUUGAGCAUUAUGUUUCCAUACUGUCAGAGCAGAUAUGAAUACUUCUGUUUCAUUUCCGUCCACAGUUGUUGUGAAAUUUGAGAGUGUAAUUGUCACAAGUACCUUGGGCAAAAUGUUGUUAGUUUUUAUCAUGUUACAGAAUGUUGUAUUGGGCAAAUGGUCUGUGUUUCAAAGAUACAGACAAUUAAAUGCUAUAGAGAGUUCAGAGUACCAUAAUUUCAUAUGCUGACUUCCUUUUGUACUGAAUGGAAAGAAGUGUUAGCAGCAUAAUAAAAUAAUGGUGAGGUAUUUUGUGCCUGUAUUUUGUUGUCAAAAAUUGAACCAGAAAAAUUGAUUAUUGAUGUUUAUAUUUAGAACUGAACAUAGAAGAUUGGUAGUAGCUUAGCUUAGAAGACCUUAAUCCUCAAGGAAAAUUUGUUUGUAACUAUUUGGAACAUGUUAGCAUCAGCAGAUAGGAACCUUGCCUGUAAGAAAUUUCUGUAAUGUUACUGUUUGUCAGACAAGUGUAAGAUAUUCAGAAGAUGAAGCUGCAACAUUUAUGGAAAGAAAUGGAACUGAUGCCCAAACUGUUGUCAUCUUUGUGAAUCCCUGUAGUGAGCUUCACAUUAAAGCUUUGGAGUCAGUCUGUAAGGUAAGCUACAGUGAUACAUUUGGUUAAGCAUUUUUGGCAAAAGGCAAAGUUCCAGGUUUAAGUCCAAAACAGACACAGUUUUGCUGGAGUACAAAAACUGCUGAAGGCCAAAAAUUUCAUUCUGAAAGUUGUAUAUUCCUUUAUUCGUAUUUUUGGUGCUGGUAGAGGAAGUCUAGCUAAAUUUUAUGAGAAAAUUAUUUCAGUUUUCAUCAUAUCUCGAUAUGUGUAAUCUGGAUAACAGUUUUCAUGAGUCUAAGGUAGAAAAAUAGUCAUAUAAGUAAAAUAGUUGAGCAAAGGAGAAUACUAAACCAUUCAGCAGUGCAGAUUGUUUUCCAUACCAUGUUAAAUUAUGUGAAUCAUUUCCAGAUUGAUAUUGCUUCACGAUAUAAAAAAUGUGAUUUGUUACAUCUACGUCUUUUCUUCCUGGAUGAAAAUUAUAUAUGUACUUAAUUACUUUAAAUUUUUACACCAAGGUUUAGUGUUAUAAAUGUAGUCACACCUUGUAUAAAACUGUAACUUUGUGUUUUUUUGUGUUUCCAUUUUGUGCAAUAAGAUGAUUGUUGAGGAGGAUAAAAAUACAGUGUUAAUAUGUUAUAUAGGUAAUUAGUAAUUAUUUUAAAAAACCAGUAUCUAGAGGAAUUCGAGCGACAGAGAGACAGUGCCUGGUAAUGGAUGAUCUCACCACUUACAUAAGUUAACACUGUUCAACAGAUGUGGCUCCUUAUCUUUUAAUGAAAAAUGAUAAUUUUCCUGUGAAUUUGUGAAGGCCUUGACUUAAAGUGCAAUUGAGUUAAUUAAUGGCAUGUUCUUGUAGAAUUUUUUUAAUGUAUGGGUUGCCAGUUAAAUGUCUCACUGGUGAGUGUAUUUUUGUUUUGAGUGUUACUUUACAGGCACCUUGUCACUAUAAAGUUUGUUUACAUGAUUUUAUCAGUUUCCACAACUCAUUAAGUGUUAGAACUUGCAUAUUUUAUUUACUGCAUUUUUAAAGGAAAAUUACAAAUUAUAUGGUAUUUAGUGCAACACUACACCAUGUAUUAUUUUCACACAUACUGGAUUUUGGCAGAAUUUAAGCAUCAGCAGCCAUCUGCAACUGCAAAUUUAAGAGCUAUGUGAAAAAGGGAAACUUUCUUCCUAUUUGUUCCGAAAAAAUUGUGGUGUUGGGUUACCUGAGACUGCUCCUCUUGCAGAUGCUGCUGCCAAGAUAUGACUUUUGUAAAGUUUUGCAAUGUACUUUUAAUAUAUACAGAUCAGCAUGUGGAUACUAUACAUUAAGUGUGACAUGCAGUAAUUGUGCUGUUCUAAGAGAAUUUAAUGUUAUUUAUUCGCAGAAAAUUUGCUAGUACAAAAAAUGAAACUACUAAAAGUGAUGGAAUGGGCAGUACUGUCACAAAUGAGGAUUUUGUAAUACUGACUAUCCAAACAUUUUUAUAUUUGGAAACACAGUUUUUAUGCUGUGGGAUAGUUGUAGUUUGUUACAGUAGGGUAAUUUACCAAAUUCCUUGAAGCAGAAUGUAUUCAAGUCUCUCAUGUGUAUAAAUGAAAGAAAAGUAAUUAUUUCCAUUGCAGUCAAUUUCUGUACCCAAGUUUGGAAAUUAAUGAUACAGUUAGGCUCUUUUGUCAGCCAGGUGUGUGUUGAGUUUUGCACAACUGUCAGAAUACUUGAACUGUAGAGUAGUUUUGAAAGCCCUGUAAGCCAUGAGUAAUAUUAUGGUGACCACAUUAAUAGAGUAAGGGGGAAGCACACUACCUUCAAAGAGCAUAAAUGAUUACUGAAGAUUUAUGAAAAUGAUUCAAGUAGCAUAGGCUCCAGUAGAGACUACUAAAAGCAUGUGCUGAAAAGUCUAUAGUAAAAAGUAAACCCACAUCACUUGCUGUAUGAGUCAAUUAAUAGGGAGACAACAAAAUAAUACUUUAUAUAACUCAGUGCUUAUUUAGUGAUAACAAUUUAAACUGCUCAGAAAUUUGUAAUAAUUCGUAUGCCUGAAGCAUAAAAGCAGAAAUAUCAGGAGAGCUUCUGUGAAGUUUGGAAGGUAGGAGACGAUGUAGUGGUGGAAGUCGAGCUGUGAGGAUGGGUCGUGAGUCCUGCUUGGGUAGUUCAGUUGGUAUAUAAUGGUGUAUAAUACCGAACUUCUCUGUGGUUUGUCAUAACAGAUCUGAGUAGUUGUCAUUAGUUAAGGUGGUUGUCAUUGAUAAAUUCUGACAACAUUUCAGCCACACACUGUCCCUUAGCCUUGUAGUGUAGUUGUCACAGAGAGCUCUGAAUUAAUGAAAGAAAUUACUUAAAGUUGCUUGUCGAAUAAUAGCUCAAGAGUUCAAUAUGAAAAUAUGUGUUGUCAGCAUAUUAGGCAUGUUGCAAAGUUACUUCUGUGUGAAGUUACAGGUUUCAAGUUAAAAUAUGUUAUGUAAAUAAUAUUUACUGCUUGUGACAUGAUUGUAACCAUUCUAAGUAUACAAACUCCAGGAUGAGAACAAUCCACACUAAAUGAAUAAACUGUGUUUCAACUCAAAAGUGGAAGCUUUAAACUUACUUGCUUUUACAAAAUAAGGUGUAAACUUGUGUAUUAUUUUCUAUAUGCUGUGUGGGCAUAAAUUAUAAAAUGAGAUAAACAGUUUUGUAGGUUGUGUUCAUGUAAAAGUAGGCAAUAUUCUUUAAGGUACUCGGAGCCAACUUUCUCUGAUUUUGUCCUGGAUUACUGUUCCUUUUCCUAUAACUUAAAACAAUUUAUGGGUUCUAUCUGGAUUCUCCACCGAAAGUCCUAUGCCAGUAGCAUCUCUGGCUGAAUGAAUACUUUUUCUGGUGAAACAUUGAUAAGUAUUUUAACUUGAAAACAAUACCAGUAUGUGAAUAUUUUGUUAUGCCAUCUCUCACACUUAUUCUAUUUUCAAACACUGCUUUGUAUAUCUCCCUCUGUUACACAACAUGACAUUGCUUGUGGAGUAUAAAUUUAAAUUACGUAUCUGUUCAUCUAGAUCAGUGGUAGUCAAAAGACAGCCUGUGGGCCACCUGCAGCCCGAAUCAAGUAAAUGUGUGGCCCAUGCUUCUCAGUUGUACUGUGUAAUAAUAUGCAUCAAGCAACUAACAACUGAAUCCAGAAUGUCAACUAACAUUAAGAACUUCUUAAUAGUGUAUUAUCUGUGCUCAGUAGCAAACAAAAGUACUUACAGAGACAGUAAUGUUUUAAGAAGUGUUUCUUUCAAUUGACACUGGUGAUUUCUGCUGGGAGCUAAGUAAAGUUUGCCACAUACGUCAGGGGCAGAGUGGUGUAUAGCACAGUCACUGCAUGGUUAAUAGAAGUGAGAAAGGAAAUGUUUUAGUGUUCCAAUGCCGACAACUCAAAAGUGCGUGCAACUGGCAUCAAUCACUGUUAUGGUAGAAAUGUCAAAUAGAAGUAAUAGAUUCGUGAAUAUGGGUUAUAGAGGCAGUCAUCUUCAGACGUGGUACAUGUUUGCAGCAAGUAAUUUGCAAUAAAAUUAAGGCUGUUGUAAUAAAGUGCAACAAGAAAAAUUAAAAUUUCAUUUCAAAAUUGUGAUCAUGUCUUACAUUGCUAUUAGUGUUAUUAAUAUAUUUUUGUUACCUUACUUGUAUGGAAUAUAAUAAAUUUUUUACCAUAUCAAUGCUUAAGCAAUAUCUUUGGGCUAUUAAUGUAGUUCCUUGUUAUUUACUUCAGUUUCUUCUGUGGAUCACAAAUGCCGAUGUGGCAUCCAGUUGGGAAAAAUGGUCACACUACUUGUCUGGAAAAGUGGCCAAGAUGUUCACCCCAGUAAGAGUUAGGGAAAAAAAUACAGCAGGAUAGUUGGAAAUUUGGACAGUAUUUUUGUGACAGUCAGUCUGACAGUUCUGCUAUCACAGGUUUUCAUAACAAAAAUAAACUUGCGACAUUAAGUUUGACAGUUCUAUUGUCACACAUUUUCAAAACAAAAAAAAUUCCAUAGUGAAUAUUGAUAUACAGAAUACAGUUGAAAGUGAUAUUUCAGUGUGUUAUCAGUGGUGACUAUUUCCUUGGUGUGUCGCAAAGAUUGAAUUGAUAUCAGUUCAUGGUAAUUUGGUGUGUUGCAAAUUGAUUCAGUUGAUAUACGAUGCAGAUAUUCAGUUGAUUUCAGUUUGUGGUUUAUUUCUUUGGAAAAAAUGUCACAAGUGAAGCAUUGAAAUAUAGGUCGGUGUACGUGUGCAACAUGAUCAUAAAGACAAUGAGACUGACAAAGAACGUAGACAGCAUAUGGAGGCAAAUUGAAUAAGAAUUUCUGAGUGCAAUCCAAUUAUGCCUCAAAAAUUUAUUUCAUUUCAAUAAAUUCAUGAUUGUAUUGAAAUUGUUUUGUUUCAAUUCACACAAAUUCAAGUAAAGUUUUGGUUGGGCGAAUCCCUUCUCGACUGACUGACUUAACAGAAAACAGGAAAGUUGUGUUUGUGGCAAAUUUUAUAAUCCUGUUUGUAGAUUAAAACCAUGUGCCAUUAAAACUACUGUCCUCAAAGAUCCAGCAGCUGGAAAAGUCUCUCAUACCCAUUGUACUAAUGAUUCCAGCCGGUUUACGGAUGCAUUUUUUACUUUUAUCUCCAAUCAAGGCUCCGUUUGAAAUAACAGUAAAUAGGAUCAGAGGUAGGGGGAAAAGGAGGUGGACAGAGAGUGGGGGAGAAAAUGGAUAUAAAGAAGGGGAAGGAGGAUAUGGUCAGAGAGAUGAGGAAGAGAAGAUGAAUAGAGUGAAUGUGGGAUAACAGAGGUAUAGGGAGCAAUGGGGAAGGUGAUGGACAGAGGUAGGGGGGAAGAGGAGGAUGUGGACAGAGGAAGGGGGGAUGGGGAGAGGAGUAGAGGGGGGGGGAGAAAGAAAUUAGGACGUAUAUCCAAUUUUCAGGAGAAAGAAAUUAGGACGUAUAUCCAAUUUUCAUUCAUAUUUAGCAAUUGAGAACCAUUGCCAGGUUUUCUAGUAUAUUUAUAAUUUCAUAUUCGUGUGAGAGAUUUGGAUUCUGAACAUUAUCUGCAUCAAGGACCUCUGUAUUUCAUGUUGGUGUAUUCUGUAGACAUCUAAAUUUAACUUCCUUUCCGUUUAUAUUUAUGUAAAGUGUGAGCUUUGCGUGUCAAAAUAACUAAAACUGUGCAUUUUUAGUUUCUGGAGACAUUAAAAGUAUUGCAGUAGGUCAGCCUUAAAAUGAUAGGUUGUGAUGAGAAUUGGUGGUGAUAAUUUUGGAUUACAAAUUUUUACUUUCUUAAAUGUAUUGAACUGUUGUGAUGAAUUGUUAACAAUAGAUUUUUAUUGCACAUUUAACUUUCUUAACUGUAUUUGAUGUGUAAAAAAACAUUUGUUUGCUGUGCAUGAAACUGAAAUCAGUGAGAACUUUGUAAUUUUCAUAGUCAUUAUGUAGGUAUACACCGUCCUAAAAUCUGGGAGUAUUAUUUCUAGCAUUGUAUUUCUCAUUUUGUUUUUAAUUAAGUGCAUUGUGUUACAGAAUUGUGAUUGUUUUCUACCUGCCAUCAUAUAUAUGCUAACAUAUCACAUGAAGCAUCCAGUGGUCAGCACAGUGAUUUCAAUUUUUGAAAUCCUGGUUUCUUAAUUUGUCCUCUAAUUGUCCAACAAUUUGACCUGAAGUUGCAGACAAAUAAUGAGUAGUCAUUUAUUGCCUUUGUUGUAGGGCUUGGCCUAAAUUACUAAGGGCACAAUGAUAAUAAUAAGUCUUAAAGAAGUGUUUCAAUGAAUACACAUAAAAUAUGUAUACCAUUGAUAAGUGUUGUAGAAAUGUUUUUAUCGAAAUGUUGUUGUUAUGAUAAUGAUGUGGGUAUAAACCUAAGCAAUGUAGAAUAAUGUAGACCCCGGGAUGUGCACUGAUAGGAUUUUGUUGUUUGUUUUUUAAUGUAUAUAUGUAUGUACAGUAAUAAAUUGUGUGAGAUUCUAUAAAUUGUUACUCCAGAGUAUUUGUUUUUGUGUAUAGAUUACCAUAAGGUACAGCUUGCAUUAUAAUUUCAAAUAGUUUCACUUCUCAAAAUGAAAGUGUACUACUUCUGUGUCUUUGUAUGUACCUGUAUGAAAACCAGAUGACAUUGUCACUGUAAUGAUUGCACAAAUAAAUGUUGUCAGUGUUGUGUGUAA